CCAAGAGCGGCUCCCAAAGCCAGGCUGAAGAGCACUGGCCCUGGCCGCUUCAGCACGCUGACCAUGGCCAUGCACACCCCGCUUCCCGGGUCAGACGACCUCUCCCGCCGACCUUGCCUCCUCUAGGGGAGAGCCUGAGUGGGAAACGAGGCGAGGGAGGCCCCAGGGCUGCCCUCCACGGUGCAGGAGCUGCCACCCGCUCGGGGUCCCUGCUGGACGCGGGGCUCGGCGGGUGCGCGGGAGCAGGGGGCGCGCGGUGGCUCCGCGCGGGGAUGCGCGCGCGCGCCGGCCUCGCCUCCCUCGCCCGCUCCGGUGCUACGUGCUUCCUUUGUCAAUGAGGCGCCGCUCCGAGCUGCAGUAGCCCUCGCGGCCAGCGAGCCCGAGCCGGAGCUAGUGCCCGACCCCCGCGCGUGAGCGGCGAGCAGCAGGGGCCAGGGCGGGCCGGAGAGGCAGCGCGGCGGCGGAGCGAGCGAGGGACCCGAGCGCGCCCUGCGGCCGCCGGUCCCGGCUCCGUCGCAGGGAGGGGGCCCCGGGCGGCGCCCGUCCCACUUCGCUGCCCGGGGCGCGCCGGCGCGCGGCGACAGGCACCGUGGGAAGCCCGGCCCGCGGCUCCAUGCGGCCCCGGCCCCUGCGCGGCUGAAGCCGCGGCUCCCCGGAGCCCGCCGCGGCCAAGGCGGGACGAGCGCGCGGGCCACGGCCGGAGAUGCCCGCUGAGGACCCGGGCGCCCAGGGCUGGACUCCCCAGCGCGGAGCGGAGCGAAGCAGCGGCCUGGAUGUGUGAAGGGUCCUCAUGGCUCUGCAGGAGGCGAAGCCCCAGCGCCCGAGGGAAGCUGGGCUGGCGGCGCGGGGGCUCGGUCGGGCCGGCGAGGGAGCCGCGCGCUGCCCGGGCGUGAGGAGCCCCGCGGCCCGCGCGCCCCAGGAGGCGCCGCCACCGCCGCCGCUGCCCUCGCUGCUGCUGGGACUCGUGCUGCUGGCGGCCCUCCCCGAGCACGGCAGGGCCGACCCGGGAACAGACAAUCUGCAGCUGCGAGUCACCCCCACCCCAGAGGCGUUUCCUCACCGGAAGUUGUUACCACUUUCACCAACAUGGCCUUUCUUGGAAGUCAAGUCUUCUUCGGCAGUAGACAGAAUCAAGAAUGUGCUGGGACAGUCUCUUGAUAACACAAGCUUGUUGCAGUUGGCCCGGACACCUCUGCCCAAGAUGCACCGCAAGACCAGGGCUCAGGAGGACUUCUCUUCUUCCCUUUACCAAGGAAGUGAACACAGUGCCUCUCUGGAACCACCCAAGGACUCCACCAAGUCCCUGGUCCAACCAAGGCCUCAAGGGGAAAGAGAAGCGGCGGGUGUGUCAGGUUUGCCUCUUGCCAGCAUGCUUCCCCUAAUGUCCGCAUUCCCACUGAUGACCUUGAGUUCCAUGCCCCCAUCUCAGCCACCAGUAGGGUCCUCCUCACUUCCAAAGCAUUCCCUGUGGUCAGACAGUCUCCCACUGCUCCUUCCACCUUCAUCCCCCUCAUUGGCUGUUCACUCACCUCAUCCCAUCAUCUUCUCUAAGCUGCUAGAACAGCCCACCAAAGCGCCGUGGCUCCGUCCUGUCGUUCCAACUGUGGUUUCUUCAGGUCAGCAUGUAGCCAAUGCCCUAAGCUCAUUUUCUGAUGAAAUGAACCAUACUCCAUCCAGAGAUACGCAGGAUUUCACAGCUGUCCCUCAGCUAGGUUUUUCGACAAAGCAGCACUCUGAGCUGUCCCCAGCAGAGGGUCCCCAGUCAGCAGGCUUACCCACACGUGGGGUUUUGAGCUCCAUAGCAGAACUGGCCCAGCUCUCUCCCCGUCCCCUAGCAUCUGGAGGUCUUCUUCAGCUUCCAGGUGGAAUCCCCUCAUGGUCCAUGCUUGAAGUGGCUUCACGUCCUGCAUCCACCCAGCCCGUGCACAGGGCAGGGGAUAAACAAGUGCACGGUGGGGUGCCCUUGCCGACUUUUAAGAUGGCAGCAGAGGCUGUGCCUUCGCUUUUGCAGACUGUACAAUCAGUGACGGUAGAAAUGACCAGCAGAAAGCUAGCCCCCACCUCUCCUGCAGAUGACUCUGCUAACCCACCACAUUUGUCAGCAGCUCCAGAGAAUGCCAGCGGGCCUGUGGUUUCAGCAGAACACGCAUCUUCCUCUCGGGUGUCUCCUCUACUGCCUUUCACUGCACCAGGUCAAGGGCAAGCCACCCCCUCUGGGGUGGUUCCCACAUCACCACUGACCAGGACUGCUGACCUUCCCUCCCUUGUCCUCCAGCCCACAGAGAAUCAUGCCUUUCCAUUCCCUGUGCCAGAAAUGCCCCUCUUUCCUCAAAAAGAAAAUAAAGAUGUGCACCCUUUUCCUGCAGCCACACACCUUCUCCCCUUGGGCAAAUUUCAUCUUUCCACAGAGAAGAUCUUUCCCCUGCAGAAGGAAGAUAGCGAGACAGCUGUUUUCAAGAAAAACAAAAAGGCAAAUGUGACAGUUCCUCUCCAGGCCUUUCCAAGUAAAGAAGUUUCGAGUCUUCACACUGUAAAUGGAUUCACGUCUGAUUUUAGCACUGGUCCCGUUUCAUCUCCCAUCAUUACAACACCAAGAACAAACUUCUUUUUGUCAGGAUCACUGCCGCCUUCCAUGCCUGUCCUUCAGGCCACCCAGCUAGUUUCCUCACCUCCUGGCUUUUCCAGUAGCAAGCCAGAGAGUUUCACAGCAACUGAGGGCCACUCUGAGUUGCCAGCUUCAGCUUCCAAACAGGUGACAGCAUUUCCCUCCUCCUCUGGUGUCUCUGAUUUCUCAACAAUGGGCGACAUGAACAAGCCAACAACCGCAGAUGUUUUCCGGAGUUCUCUUUUAGUAAAAACUGGACCUCUUUCCACACAAUCAACAAUAUCUGGCUUGCAGCACCAAACAAAUUAUGAUUUAAAUGGUCAUACAAUUAACUCCUCAAGUUGGGAAAUUUAUUCAGCUUCAACUCCUCUUCCCAGUGGUUUAACUUCAGCUGCCAGUGCAAUAAAAUCUCAGGAUUUCAAAGAUAUUGUUGGGCAUUCAGUGGCCGCAGAAGGUUUUAACAUGCAGGAUCUCAUCCGAGGCCCAGGCACCCACCAGCCUGUACGACAGUCAGAUGUGACCGUGAUUGGGAAUCAUAAAGACUUCUGGCCCACAAGCCAUAACAGCUAUUCCGGAGUUUUCCAAACAGAGAAGGUUGACUAUCAGCCAUCUGCAAGUUAUCGCUCUAUGUCACAUCCCCAUUUACGGAUGCCUACCCAGCCAACCCAUCCUCUUUGGCUAACCUGGCUCAGGCUGUCUUCUACAGCUAGCUUGCAAGAAAUGCUUUCAGAUGGAACAGAUACAGGUCCCCAGAUUUCCAGUGACAGCUAUCUAUCACAUGGAAUAAAUGCUUCCACACCAUUCAAGAGCAUCCUGGGAUAUCACUCGACUGCUGAAUCUCCUCCUAUAUCCACCAGUGCCUUUCCCAGGACCCCCUCCAGAGUGCUGCGAGCUUCUCAGCACCCCAAGAAAUGGACAGGUGCAGCCACUAAUGCAGAUAGUUUGUUUCCUGGUACCCAAAAAACAGUGGACUUCUCAGUGUCACCCAAGGUAGAACCAACUGCAGCCACCACUGCCACAUUGCUGCUGAGAAAGUCGAGUCCACCGGCCCUGUCUGCAGCCCUGGUUGUGAAGGACACCAGCAGCAGUGGCUUAGCCAAGAGCAGUUUGACCACUGCUGUAGCUAGAAAUGUCACCAACAAGGCAGCAGCUGAUCCAAAGGCGACUUCAGGGACUGUCCACACUGCUUUCCCAUUCACACCAACCUACAUGUUUGCCAGAACAGCACACACCGUGAGCACACACGCAGCCAUGCAAGGGAACACAGGCACUGCCUCCGGCCUGUUGUCCACAACACACCUCCCCAGGAAACCACAAGCCAUGCACCCCAGCCUCCCAAACCCCACCAAGCCACAGCUGCCCAGAGCAUCCACCCCUCGCCCACUGACAAUCACAGCAGCACUGACGUCCAUCACAGCAUCCGUGAGGGCCACCCACUUGCCGCCUCUGCAGGCAGAAAAUACCGAUGCUGUUCUUCCUGCCGCGUCGACUGCAAUGGUCACAACCGGUAAAAUGGCAUCCAAUCUGGAGUGUCAGAUGUCCAGUAAGCUCCUGGUGAAGACAGUCCUCUUUCUAACGCCAAGGAGAAUGCAGAGCAGUGAAUCCUUGAAGUUCAGUGUAGCCAGAGGGCUCACGCAGGCCCUUCGGAAGGCUUUCCACCAGACCGAUGUGACGGCUCACGUGGACAUUCUGGAACAUUCUCAUAACGUCUCGGUUGGUUAUUAUGCUACCAAAGGGAGGCUGGUGUACUGGCCUGCUGUUGUGAUGGAAACGCUGGGGGUUUACGGAGUCAGCAAUGUCACUGCAGAUCUGAAGCAGCACACCCCAAACUUACAGUCUGUGGCAGUCCUUGCCUCUCCGUGGAAACCCCAGCCUGCAGGCUACUUCCAGCUGAAAACAGUGCUACAGUUUGUGAGCCAAUCAGACAACAUACAGUCCUGUAAGUUUGCUCAGACAAUGGAGCAGAGGCUGCAGAAGGCAUUUCAGGAUGCGGAGAGAAAAGUGCUCAACACCAGAAGCAACCUGAAGGUUCAGAUCGUGAGCACGUCCAACGCCUCCCAGGCCGUCACCCUGGUGUACGUCGUGGGCAACCACAGCGCGUUCCUCAAUGGCACCGUGGCCAGCAGCCUCCUCAGCCAGCUCUCUGCCGAGCUGGUGGGAUUCUACCUCACCUACCCGCCGCUCACCAUUGCCGAACCACUGGAAUAUCCCAAUCUUGAUAUAUCAGAAACAACCAGAGACUAUUGGGUAAUUACAGUGCUGCAGGGUGUGGACAACUCGCUUGUGGGCCUGCACAACCAGAGCUUUGCCCGAGUCAUGGAGCAGCGCCUCGCCCAGCUGUUCAUGAUGUCCCAGCAACAAGGCCGGAGGUUUAAACGGGCCACCACCCUGGGAAGUUACACUGUGCAGAUGGUAAAGAUGCAGCGUGUGCCGGGACCAAAGGACCCUGCAGAGCUCACCUAUUACACUCUGUACAACGGAAAGCCCUUGCUGGGAACUGCAGCAGCCAAGAUCCUGAGCACCAUUGACUCCCAAAGGAUGGCCUUGACUCUGCACCACGUUGUCCUUCUACAAGCUGACCCCGUGGUGAAGAACCCACCCAACAAUCUGUGGAUCAUUGCUGCCGUCCUGGCGCCCAUUGCUGUGGUCACGGUCAUCAUCAUCAUCAUCACUGCUGUGCUCUGCAGGAAGAACAAGAACGACUUCAAGCCAGACACCAUGAUAAAUCUGCCUCAGAGAGCAAAGCCUGUGCAAGGCUUUGACUAUGCCAAGCAGCACCUGGGCCAGCAAGGGGCAGACGAGGAAGUCAUCCCUGUGACACAGGAGACCGUGGUCCUCCCCCUGCCAGUUAGAGAUGCUCCUCAGGAGAGGGAUGUUGCUCAGGAUGGGAGCACCAUCAAGACGGCCAAGUCCACCGAAACCAGAAAAAGCAGGUCGCCCAGUGAGAAUGGCUCUGUCAUCAGCAACGAAUCAGGGAAGCCCAGCUCAGGGAGACGCUCACCCCAGAAUGUAAUGGCACAGCAGAAGGUGACAAAGGAGGAGGCAAGGAAGAGAAAUGUGCCCGGCAGUGACGAAGAGGAAGGUGCCGUUCUGUUUGACAGCUCUGGCAAAGUGACAGCAGAUCCCUUCGACACAUCUUCUGGAUCUGUGCAGCUCAUCGCGAUCAAACCCACCGCCCUGCCCAUGGUGCAGCCCAUCUCAGACAGGAGCCAGGACUCCUCAGCGGUGCUCAAUGGUGAGGUGAACAAAGCCUUGAAGCAGAAGUCAGACAUCGAGCACUAUCGGAACAAGCUGCGCCUCAAAGCCAAGAGGAAGGGAUAUUACGACUUCCCUGCAGUGGAGACAAACAAGGGCCUGACCGAAAGGAAAAAGGUGUACGAAAAAGCCCCAAAGGAAAUGGAGCACGUUUUGGACGCAGACUCAGAACUGUGUGCUCCGUAUGCUGAGUCUAAAAACAGGCAACAGAUGAAGAACUCUGUCUACCGAAGCCGACAGUCUCUGAACAGCCCCAGUCCAGGAGAAACUGAGAUGGACCUUCUGGUCACUAGGGAGCGACCCCGGCGUGGAAUCCGGAACAGCGGAUACGACACAGAACCUGAAAUCAUAGAAGAAACCAACGUGGACAGAGUUCACGACCCCCGGGGCUACGCCAGGUCGAGGCCGGUAAAAGGCCACUCAGAGACGUCCACACUGAGCUCGCAGCCAUCCAUCGACGAGGUGAGGCAGCAGAUGCACAUGCUGCUGGAGGAAGCUUUCAGCCUGGCAUCCGCAGGCCACGCCGGCCAGAGCCGCCACCAGGAGGCCUACGGCUCCACACAGCACCUGCCCUACUCCGAGGUGGUGACCAGUGCCCCGGGGACCAUGACCCGGCCCAGGGCUGGCGUGCAGUGGGUGCCGACCUACCGCCCAGAAAUGUACCAGUACAGUCUACCCCGACCGGCCUACAGGUUUUCCCAGCUUCCUGAAAUGGUCAUGGGCUCUCCGCCACCGCCUGUACCACCCCGGCCUGGGCCAGUGGCUGUUGCUUCUCUCAGACGGUCCACCUCAGACAUUGGCAGCAAGACCCGAAUGGCCGAGUCUGUGGGCUCUGAGCCGGCCCAGCUGCAUGAGAGUGCCUCGUUCGCCCAGGUGUCCAGAGGCCCCGUGUCCGUGGCACAGCUGGAUCAGUCAGCUUUAAAUUACUCAGGUAACACGGUGCCAGCAGUGUUCGCCAUCCCAGCUGCCAACAGACCCGGCUUCACCGGUUACUUCAUCCCCACGCCUCCCUCGUCCUACAGGAGCCAGGCCUGGAUGUCCUACGCAGGAGAGAACGAGCUCCCGAGCCAGUGGGCCGAUUCGGUGCCCCUGCCCGGGUACAUCGAGGCCUACCCCCGCUCACGGUAUCAGCAGAGCUCGCCCUCCAGGCUCCCACGCCAGUACAGCCAGCCCACCAACCUGCACCCCAGCCUAGAACAGGCCCCCAUGCCCUCGGCGGCAGCAUCACAGCAGAGCCUGACUGAAAACGACCCUUCUGACGCGCCCCUGACCAACAUCUCCACUGCGGCCCUCGUGAAAGCCAUCCGGGAGGAGGUGGCCAAGCUGGCCAAGAAGCAGACAGACAUGUUUGAGUUCCAGGUCUAAUGCACCAGCCCCGCGGAACUCUGCGCAUCCAGACUCCAAGGAAUCAGGCUUCAGGGUUCCUCACCCCUACUGACAAUGGGUGAGUCUUCUUCACUCUCUGUUUCCCAAAAGGUGAACAGCGGGGCUCCUGGGAAACAGGAAACUCGUGAACCACUGGAUUCCUGGCUCAUGCGGCUGAUCAUGGCUCACAGGUCCUGCCUGGGACCAUGUGUUCCAGAUUCUGCUAUGUUGAAUGUUUGAAUCAUGGGCAUCCUUUUCCCCCACCAAGAGGAGCCUUAGUCAAGAGAGGCACUCACUAAUCUACAGAUUCCUGUCCAAUGCCACAUCGGACUAAAUCACCAGAAAGGGGAGAGUAUAGCUCUAUCUUUGGUGACCUCUGCAUGUUAACUCUUUUCUGUGUUAAAGGCAACGCAGGAGUGUGAAUUACGCCCCAGACUGCCCUUUCUCUCAUUCAGCUGUGACUGUGAUCGCUAAAAUCAUCUCUAUUCUGUGAGGCAGACACUGACUCCAGCCAAGAAACUUGAGUCUCUUUGCUUUUAAAAGUUCAUAUUCAAAGUCAAAUGAAUUGGAUGAAAAUCAGUAUUGAUGGCUGCACCUAUAAAUAGUCCUGACUCCCCAUUCCCUUCAACACCGUUAAUUAAAGGCCGGGAGAAAGAGAGAUGAGCAGGAAUGGUAGGUUUGUGUCGACAAGCUUUUUAAAAGGUGUUGUCAGUUGGAAAUAGAGUACCCUGCAAGUUGGGGUUGAAAUGAAAGAGAAUCAGUGCUUAGAGCUUUUAGGAUCCUGUAAAAGAAAAAUAGGUAUUUGAGGUAUUUGUAGAGAUUUUUCUUUGCCUGCAUUGAAGGUGGCCUGAGAACAGAGCUUCUCUCUUAGGGAUAAAACAUACAUUGACUUUUAGGAGAAAAUCUCUGUCUCUCCAGCACUGAUCUCCAGCCUGAUCUGCCAAGGGGUCACUGACUCUUGUUAGAAAUGGGAGCGAUGAGUUUCGGUUAUUCCAAACCGAAGCCUCCAUGUAUAGAUGCUUCUGAAGGUAGAAAAUCUGUUAUUGGAGUUUAAGCGUAAAUAACUUCUUUUUAAAAUGUGUGGGUUUUGCCCACUCUCCAUAGUUUAUGGACACAAGAGGACAUUUGUCAAAAUGAAAAUGGCAAGGCUGAUACCUUGUGGCCAUGAUGCUCCAGGUCACCCUUCUUGGCAUGGAGAAUUGGCCUGCCAAGCUCCGAGUGGAUGACUCUGCCUCCACAGGACUGGGGCACCAGCCACUGACUACCAUGGACACAAGCAACACUGCUCCUGACUUUGGGUAGUGCGUGUGGGGUUGAGGGCUUACUUACUUGGUAUCUGUGGAGAAUGAGGUCCUGUCCUGCCUUCACCCAUGACCCAUUGAGCUUCAGCAGUUCCCAUUCCCUCCUGAGCCCAUCUUUCCAUUGUCCUCCUGAGUUUCUUUGGUCUUUACCCGAAAGAAGGUGGAAUUUUAAAAAGUUGAGAGGAGAGUAGGAAUGGAACUGAUUAGAAUGGGAGAUUCCAACUGUCAAAGCACAGACUUUUCAAGCAGCUGUUUUUAUUUUCCAAUGGCAAAUUGCCCUUUCUGGAAUGUGUCAUGGAAUCCUCAGAUGAGUCUCUUGUUUAGAUGAUAUUAGCUAGUGUCCUUUUAGUAUGCCAGUUGAUCUUUCAUAGUGUUAGUUUUUGUUACUUAAAAAGAAAUCAGCUAUAAAUAAAAAUGUAUUUUUGUAAUUUCCAUGUGUAUAUAUGGUAUAUUUCUACCAAUGGCCAGUCAUUGUAGUCCAAAAUCUAAGUCAGCUUGCAGAACACUGUGGAUAGUGCAAGAUUUUAUCGACAGAUUAACACAAUGCCUAGGUCUAUCCAAACCGGCAUUCAAUGCACUUGAAUGAACAAAGAGCCAAAGAAACUCAGCCUUUUCAUGAAAUGGUAUGAGUCUGAUAAAGACAGCUAUAUUGUCCUGCUUUAUCAAUAACACCAAUAUUUCAUCAGUGCAAUGAUAUCAACCCAGUACUUUGUCUACUUGGUAAAUGCCUGGAAAUACUGUAUGUGAAAGUGAGGUUUUAAGACCUUAGUGUCAUUGAAAGAAAUGUCCAUGUUGCAAAAUACAGUGUCUGAGCUUUGGAGGUUCCAGUGAUUGCAAUCAUGAAUCCAGAAUUUGCCUUGUAUGGUUUCAGAUUGCUAAGACAGUGGAGCUACAAAUCAUUGCAGGCUUCACAGAACUCCAUGAAAUAUUUAGUCGCCUGAGAAGUGAUACAGCAUGCUAAGUCAGACACUCUCUUAAAGUAGACACCACAGGUUCAAGAAAAGUAAAUGAGAGGAAAUGGUAUGUAUAAGAAGGAAAAUCUGUGCGUGUUUUCCCACCGAAGAAGAGAGAGCUACCAUUGUUCAAUUUUCUGGGACUAAGAUGUGGUCCCUUCUCUGUUGUCUCUUGACCUCAUGGAGGUCACAGACACCAGGAUAAGUGACCCUGAGAAAAGGCAGAUGGUAAAAGGUGCUUCACGGAAGCAAAAAUAGGGUUUCAUAAGAACCCUGAGGAGACAGGAAUGAACUCAGUGUUCAUCGCGAUCCUCCAGACGGUCACCGAAACCCUAAAGGAUAUUGGUGACCGUGAAGGAGGAAACAGAAGUCCAGAGGAAUGGACUGACCAGCCCAAAAAUCAAGCCUACCCCUGCUGAUUCAUGAUCCAGUCUGCUCUCCAUUUACCAUGCUGCCUACAUGCUUGUUAGUGACACAUUUCUUCAGCUGUGCCCAAAAGUUUGCAAAAUAGACAAAGGUCCUGUGAGGUCCAUAAUGCUCUUGCCAAGAGAAAAAAAAAAGAUGAUUGAAUAAGGAACUUUGAAUACAGUGUAUAGAGGACAAUACCUUUGUGGCAUAAUAAACAUUUUUUCGGCACUGAGUUUGAUGUGAAUUUUCUGCAUUCAUUAAAAAGAAAUGCGGUCAUUAAAAAGAAAUUAUGGCCUCAGAUGCUGUUUGAAGCUAUGGGGGUGACUUGCCCUCUCUUGGUACCCUAGACCCAAACAGACAGGCAAGGAUGAAUUGACAGCUUGUCAUUGAAAGGCAGCAGGUGCCAUUCUUUGCCCUGGAGGAGGAAACAGUCAGAGCAAGGACGCAAAGGUCCGUGAUGUGGCUUGGCACCUACGAUCCGAGACUCACGUCAUAACAACAUGGCAGAGGUUCCCUGUGGAACAGGAAGUCUUCUUCCAAAGGGCAGACUGUAUAAGAAGCAAGUCUCCAGUCCUGGAAGAAGUGAUUUUGUGCUUUUUGUUAUUUUAAGAACCCAGAAAAAGGGUGUGUAACUUCUGCAUAGUCCUCAUGGAAGAAGGAAAGGGUUAGAUAUGUGAUUUUUAAAAAGGAGAAAAAAAAAACUUUCUGAGAGAGUACGUAGAAUGGAAAGGGAGAAGAAUUUAAAUACCUAACAAAUAGAAAUUCUUUUCUAACAUUGGGCAGAAAUUAGAAAAAUAAAUUUAAAAAUGUAUAUAUUGGUUGCAUAUAAGUGAGUUUCUACAUAACACACAAGUGCCCAAAAUUUAAUGAACAGACUAACAGAUACUGUUUUUAAAGUUUGAGAACAGGACAUGAAGUUUAAAUUGCUUCUCCUGCUUACCAGAAAAAAAAUGUGGACUUCCUUUGCAAAAUACGGCCAAAGACUUUUAGGGAAUAAUAAGAAUUAAACUUGGCGUAGUGACUGACUAGGGCCUAAAUGUUAGAAGUUAAAUUCUGCCCUUUAAUCCAACCUCAGCAACUUUCUAGAACUCUGUGAGGACUGCAGAUGCUUCCACACUCGCUCAAGUACAGGAGUUGGCUAAAAAAAUACAGGGAUAUUUUAUGAAAAUAAAAUACAGUUUCUCAACAGGCAAGGGAUGGGUGCAGCUGCCUCAUGCUUGUGCUCUGGCUCUCUCUCUCUCUCUCUCUCACUCUCUCUCUCUCUCUCUCUCUCAUUCUCUUUCAUCUCAGUUUCUCUCUGUGUAUCUUCUCAGAUCUCUCACUGCCUUUAGCCAACAAGCUUUCUCAUUAGUGCAAAUGUAGCUGGCAAACCCACCCAAGGACCCACACUCCACACAACCUUUCCUCCUCAGCACCCAGCACUCUCCGACUAGCAUCUCUGUGCUGUGGUAGGCAAACUGCUAAGAAUCUGAUUGGUCCAGCUCAUCUGCCUCUGGGAAGCCACUGGGUCUGGUGCCUAGCCACUCAGAUGUAAGCAAGGAGGCAAAGUUGGGUCAUACCACCAUGGCAUCCUGGAUUGACCUUAGCAGCAGGGACUUCUGUUGGGGCCUGGUACCCAGAGGAAGGCUACAACUGGAUAGAAACUUCAAAAGGAACCUGCUGCAGACUGGAUUUGACCAGCACUCCUAGUUUGCUACCCAGCAGCCAAUCAGCAUCUAUGAAUACUGCUGCAGAGAACAAUGGGCAUCCCUCACUUGAGCAUCAGGAAGGGUUGCAUGCACUUGAACCCUGGAAGAUCGGUCAGAAUUGCCCUAGCCAAUUCCCACCUCAACACUAGUUAUCAAAUGCUUCUACUGGGCCUAAGGAAGGAUUUCUAACCAGCGUGCAGCUAGCAGAAUGUCCUGCUCACCAGACAAUAAAUAUUUGUAAAUUGAAGUGCACGAUCUUAGCUCAGGUGCUACUAAUGUGGCUCAUGGCCACACAUUUGCAUGGAUGAGAAAGCCAAUGAGCCUCUCAAUAGAGUUUUUUGAAACAAAAUUAGUUUCAAGUGAAACUGAUAUUAUAGUGGCUCUGACCUUCUGAAUAUAAGUUAGUAUCUGAGAAUUGAAAGGUUUCUUGAUUAAUUGGGUGAACUGUUAACAGAAUGUUAACUAGUGGUAAAUGCAGGGAGUUCCUGAAAAGUAGUACUUAGGAAAUAUAAUUGUGUCAGAAACAAAUUCUCUUAGAAGGUAUUGAGUUGCUUUGAUUCUGCAGGUUACACAAACAAGGAACAUUUUGGUAAAGCAAGAAUUUGUUUCCAAAGGUUAAACCCAUACUUGAUUAAGAGCCAUUAUAUAAAUGAAAUCUAGAAAUUGAUUAUUUUCAUUCUGACAUCGAUGGAACUUUUGUAAAUUAUGGAAGGAGGCCGUACGUGUAUUCCACAUAAUUUAACUGUGUCCUUGCCUUCCCCGAGUCCCCUCCUAAUGUCUAAACUCACCUUUGCCCACAUAUAAACUAAAUGGAGAAAAAAAAUUGUACUGAACAGAAUCAGAAAAGUAUCAGUAAACUGGACGUUUUGAACAGGUGUAAAUAUUCUACACCUUGAGAAACUCACUUAAAACUAGUCUCUAAUUCCUCCCUUGUGAAAUGGGUCUAACAGUGUCUGUUUGUCCUAGCUCCCCUAGUGGUUGGGAGGAGCACAUAGCAUAAUGUAUCUGAACAUGGCUUGAAAAGUAUAUUUGAAGGAAUUCUUACUAAAUUAUUACUUUCACAGUUCAGUUUUAUCCAGCAAAGUGUUUUAGCUUCACCCACCCACUGGAUAGAAUUGUAUCAUCACGUGUUCCUGACAACUUCUUGUCAAGGACAAAUAAAUUCCUAAGUGUGGGACUGUCCACAAAAGCCACCCCACCUGGGAGAUGCUGUUACUGUCAUUGUCGUCUAGGACUUGGAGGGUGUGUGAGUACUUGUACCUGUGCUUUCAUGCUGAGUGAAAAACCCAGACCGGCGAUUCAUUCAAACCACAUUAGACACAUCGGGCAAAGUACUGAGCAGAAGCUUUGAAUGUAGCUGUUGUUAUUUUAAUGCUUUGCUUUCUAAUUAACUUUGUACAUCCUUUGCCUCUGCCGGGAUCAGAGUGUUCAUGUGCUGUUAGAAUUUUUUUAUUGUAAAAUAAAAUGACAAAGGCUUUCAUAUCACA